UGCUUUCAAAUCCCAGCCUUCACUGGGACCUCAGACAGAGCCCUGACCAAUGGGAGGUACUUGGUCCUGCUGAGCUCAGCCUCCAUGUGUGGGUGUGGGAGCUUGAGGCGCCCUGGUGGAAUUGGGUUGGAGCCUUGCGUCCCACAUCCAAUGGGCAUCCAGGCCCCUGGGCCAGAAAGCAGGCCAGAGGACUAGAACUCCGGCAGCAAGCCAGAAGUCCCCACUCUCCCUCCUCUUUCCUUUAGAAAUGCUCCCCCCACCCAGAAAUCUCAGCUGAGGAGAUGACCUCCUGUUCUCCCCACUCCCAGCACACAACCGGAGGGAGCAGACUGAAAUAGCAGCUGCAGCAGCAGGGAUUUAGGGCAGACCAGACGGAACCCUUACUUAGUGCCGAGCCCCUUGGGGUCCCUGGCGUCCUAGGAUCAGGGUCCAGAUAGUCUACUGCCUGGAUCGUUAUGAGGUUUUUGUUGUUGUUGUUGUUGUUUUAAUCUGUAGAUGUUUUUUGUUGCUCUUUUGUUUGCUUGUUUAUUUGUUUUUAAGUAAAAUCUUACACUCCUGCCAUCUUCAGAACUCUAGGAGAAAUGCUCAGAGUGGCGGGUGGAGGCCCCAGAUCCCUGUUUACACUCUUCUCUUUUCUCCAUGUGUGAAAAUCGAGGGUUCAAUGAAUCUUAAGUGGGCCUGUGGUGGCAGAUACCCCCUCCAGGGCCUGGAAACCCCCAGAGAAGAAGACUGACCUUCCUAUCCAGGCUCAUCUUCUCUAUGUGGGAAGUUCCUCUUGGAGUCUAACUCAUGGUUUUUUUUUAAAGGAAUAAAAGAUUGCCAUAUCUGAUCCCUGUAGGUUCUGGUUUAGGAGGUUUGGGGGGAAGGCCUUAUCUAUUUUAACAAGUUCCUCAGGCGACACUUCAGACCAGGCAAGUAGAAGAAGAAUGGGUCUCACUUAAAUUAUUACUGCAGUACUUGCAACUUGUUCUGCUGCAGCCCAGAAGGCUGACCAGUCUCUCUCCUCCAGACUCCCCUGAAACCUGGACCCUUUCUUCAGAAGAGCCUGGGAGUAUUGGGGGGAAGCUGAGGCCUGAAGAAGGAAAGAAGGAAGUUGUUUGGAGGGAAUGGGGAGUUCCAGGAGCAGUCAGCACGGGGAGGAAGUAGUGGCAGCCAUGGAUGAGGAUAAGCUUCCGUCUGUACUAUCUGGGGAAAGUGGUGCUGCCUGGGACCCCAGCUUGGAGUCUGAGGAAGAACCUGGGGUCCAGAAUGGAAUGGCAUACAGCCAGGACCUGAACAGUAGCUACAACAGCCCAGCGCAUGAGAUGAGGGGCACUCUGGUGGACACUGAGGAGCCCAUACAGGGCCCGGACAUAGCUCUCCAUGGUCUCAGCCUUGGCCUUUCCUUCACCAAUGGCCUAGUUCUGGGGCCAGACUCAAAUAUUCUGGAAGAUUCUACAGAGUCCAGGCCCUGGAGGGCUGGUGGGCUGGCAGAGGGGGACAAUGUUUCCAAGAAUCUCUGUCUGGACACUGAGGACACUCAGCUGGGGCUGGGUGGCCCGGGAGAGCCGGAUGUGCGGGACGGCUUCAGUGCCACGUUUGAGAAGAUCGUGGAGUCAGAUCUGCUUCGGGGAACCCAGUACAGCAGCCUUGACUCCCUGGAUGUGUUGAGCCUCACGGAUGAGAGUGACAGUUGCGUCAGCUUCGAGGCCCCCCUAACACCUCUCAUCCAGCAGCGGGCCCGUGAUAGCCCCGAGCCAGGGCACAGCUUGGGCACUGGGGACAUGGGGACUGAGGGGGACAUGGGAGCAGCUGGUGGUGAUGGGGAGCUGGGCAGCCCCCUGCGAUGCUCCAUCUCCAGCAGCCGAUCAGAGAAUGUCCUGAGCCGCCUGUCUCGCACAGCCGUGCCCAAUGGCUUCCAUGAAGACGGACCCCGGGGUCCAGGUGGGGACGAGGAGGAGGAGGAGGAGGAGGAGGAGGACACAGACAAGUUGCUGAACUCAGCCAGUGACCCCAGCCUAAAGGAUGGCUUUUCAGACUCGGACUCAGAACUGAGCAGCUCAGAGGGGCUGGAGCCGGGCAGUACAGACCCACUGACCAACGGGUGCCAGGGCGUCAGUGAGGCCGCUCGACGGCUGGCCCGCCGCCUCUACCACCUUGAGGGUUUUCAGCGCUGUGAUGUUGCCCGGCAGCUAGGCAAGAACAAUGAGUUCAGCAGGCUGGUGGCCGGGGAGUAUCUCAGCUUCUUCGACUUCUCGGGCCUGACCCUGGACCGAGCGCUCAGAACCUUCCUGAAGGCCUUCCCGCUGAUGGGGGAGACGCAGGAGCGUGAGCGGGUCCUGACGCACUUCUCCCGCCGGUACCGCCAGUGCAACCCAGAAGACAGCACCUCGGAAGAUGGGAUCCAUACACUCACCUGUGCUCUGAUGCUGCUCAACACGGACCUGCACGGACAUGUGAACAUUGGCAAAAAGAUGUCCUGCCAGCAAUUCAUUGCCAACUUGGACCAGCUGAAUGAUGGCCAAGACUUUGCCAAAGAUCUGCUGAAGACCCUUUACAACUCUAUCAAGAAUGAAAAGCUGGAAUGGGCCAUUGAUGAGGACGAGCUGAGGAAAUCACUGUCUGAGCUGGUGGAUGACAAGUUUGGGACAGGCACCAAGAAAGUGACACGGAUCUUGGAUGGUGGCAACCCCUUCCUGGAUAUCCCGCAGGCUCUCAGCGCUACCACCUACAAGCAUGGUGUGCUGACUCGGAAGACUCACGCCGACAUGGAUGGCAAGAGGACACCCCGUGGAAGGCGUGGCUGGAAGAAAUUCUACGCAGUGCUCAAAGGGACCAUCCUGUAUCUACAGAAGGAUGAGUACAGGCCUGACAAAGCUCUGUCCGAGGGCGACCUGAAGAAUGCCAUUCGCGUGCACCAUGCUCUGGCCACCAGGGCCUCUGACUACAGCAAGAAGUCCAAUGUGCUCAAGCUGAAGACAGCUGACUGGAGGGUCUUCCUCUUCCAGGCACCGAGCAAGGAAGAAAUGCUGUCCUGGAUCCUUAGGAUCAACCUGGUAGCUGCCAUCUUCUCGGCCCCCUCCUUCCCUGCUGCUGUCAGCUCCAUGAAGAAGUUCUGUCGGCCCCUGCUGCCCUCCUGCACCACUCGCCUCUGCCAGGAGGAGCAGCUGCGUUCUCAUGAGAAUAAGUUGAGGCAGGUGACUGCGGAGCUGGCUGAGCACAGGUGUCACCCCAUAGAGAAGGGCGUCAAGUCCAAGGAGGCUGAGGAGAACCGGCUGAAGGAGCACUAUCUCACUUUUGAGAAAAGCCGUUAUGAGACCUAUAUCCACCUCCUGGCUGUGAAAAUCAAAGUGGGCUCAGACGACCUGGAGCGGAUUGAGGCCCGACUGGCCACUCUGGAAGGGGACGACCCUUCUCUGCGCAAGACACACUCAAGCCCCGCCCUCAGUCAGGGCCACGGGACUAUGACUGGCAGCAGAGCUACAAAGGAUACCACGGGGCCUGACACUUAGCUGGUGUGGAUGGGCAGGCCCCAGAGGCAGGCAAAUGUCCCUAGAGGGGUCAGUGAGCACAAUUCCAGCCAGGGGCCACUCGUGCCAGCUCCAGGCAGUUGACAGGCAGCCAGAGGGGUGUGGAGAGCCCUGUGGCCCAGGGAGAUGGAGAUAUUCUUUGUGGCACUGAUCUUCUUGCUUUCUGGGGUUGAUCUGGGCCUCAGACCUUCUCUCCAGCCCUCACAUUCCUCUCUACCACCAAGCCUCAUUGUCUAGGCCAGUUGUGUGCAUGCUCUAGCGACGAUCUCACUGGAGGAGAAGGAAGGGCAGCUGGCUUUGCAGGCCCUCCUCCCCUUCUCACAAGUUCCUUCCCCCAUCUCUCUUGUUCCCAAGGGCAGGUCUGGACUCCAGCUGUCAGCUUGGGUCUCCACCUGUUCUCAUCCACCUUCCUCAGACUUGAACAGCAGCAGGUCUGUGGACCACCGGCACCAUCCUGCCCGCGCCACCCACCCCGUAGCUUCUGGAACCACGCCCUGUUCUCCUGCCUCCCUUUGCAAUAAUCCAGGACCUGGGCCUGCUCUCUCGAUGUCAAGCUGUCUACUCAUGUGUGUGUCCACCUUACCUUCCAUUCAUGGAGGCCACUCCUACUUUCUUUUAUAUGGACGAAAAUGUAUAUAUAUAAGAAUUAUAUAUAUAUAAGGAACCCUUUAAAGAUGAUUUUGGCAUUGAUAUCAAGAUGAAAAAAGAUGAAGGAAAGCCUAUUUCAGAACUCUACCUGUUAGUGAGAAAGGCUGUUACCUGGCCCCUUGGUGGCCCAGACACUCUGGGAGAGAAGGUGCUAACCUUCUCUCACUCCCUUUUCCCCUCUUCCGGCUGACCUGUGACUUACACUGCUCUUACAGUUGAUGUUUGGAAUAAAUAGACAGCGUGUGUGUGUGUAUGCUACCCCAUCUGUCCCAUGGGCAUUCUGGGGUGUUAGUGGGAUGGGACCAUGGCCUUGUUUAUAUUUUGGUCUUUAUGUUGGUGCUGCCAGGUCUCUGAGCUCCAGAGGUGGCCUCUUUUACAGACCUACUGCUCCCAGAAUAAAAGACACUCUGCCUUGCAAACAGCCACUUGUCAACAAGCCCAAAGAUGUUUGGUGGAGGAAGGUUAUGGAAGCCAUUAAUUCCUGGUCUUGGGGAAAGGUGGAGUAAGAAGUUGCUGAUUGGUUUUUAAGCUGAUAUUUCUUUCACUCUUCCAGUGACUCAGAAAUGCUAGUUAAGGACAUGCCUGAGAAGGAUGGAAAACUCUGCCAUGUGAUGAUCAGACUAGUAUCUUGUAAACCCUGAAUUCCUCAGACGGACCAGCGGUGGAGGUGAUGGGCCUUCAGUGAGCUAUGAUGAGCAGGUCCUUUAUACUUUUAAAAUAGAUUAGUUUGGGCAGCAUUUUGAUAUGUGGUAACAUAUUGAGUUAGUGGCAAGGUUGGGUUAUCUUAUUAAGUACCUAACAUGUACAAGCACGCUCACAUUUGAUACAAGGUAUGUAUGAGUCUGUGGAAAUAUAUAGUGAUUUAAAUCCAGAUUAUUUAAUUUGGAUUAGCUAAUGUGUAUUUUAUACCCAAACCAUCUGGGCCCUUCGUUUUGCUGAGGGGAAGUAAGCGUUCAUUUAAAUGAACUUGAAAGAGCAAUGUGACAUAACAGAGCUCUCUGUACUUUCUCCAUGCUGGCUCAAAGGUCUUCGAUUUUUGGGGUCAACUUCCCACCCUCCACCUCAUGAGGGUGGGUGAGUGAAAGCAGAGGAGCAAGUUUCUGUCUGCUGCAGACAGGCUUCCCUGAGCACUAGUGAUGUCUCCCAUCAGUAAAAAAAAUCUUUAGUUCAUUUUCUUAAUUGUAUAAUUAUUUAUUGUAAAUUAUAUACAUGUACUACUGUACUAAAAUAUUAUGUACAUUAUAAAACAUACACAAAAAUAGAAAUUUAAAAAGAUGAGAUGAAAAUAAACCUAAAUGAAAGUUCUAAUAUAUUUUUUCCUGCAUUCUAAUGGACCAUCAUAUUUCCCCCAACUUCCGCCCGUAAUAUGCCCAUUUUCCAGGACUGUCCAAAUCCAGGGGCUGGAGGACCGCGGGUGAGAUGCUAUUAAGUGGUUUGCGCCACCUGGUGGUCCUGGGAAGUGGCUGUGGGCUCAGGGACUUCUGGGGGCUGACCCUUGACCACAGUGUUUCUUCAACCUUCAUUUUCUUAUUCAUUGAAGGUCACCAGUGCUGCACACUGCGCUAGGUGCUGAGGAUAGUGCGGUGGGAAAAGGACUGAGCAGCUCUCUGUCCACAUGGGGCUCACAGUCUAGUGGAGAAGGGACAGGCAGUCACCAUUACCAUUUGGAACCCUGGGAGCACUGGGGAGAAAGCCAAAACUGACCUGGCAGAGAGAGAAGAAAGAACUGGAGUGGAGAAGAAGACUCUGAUUCAGGAAGCCACCUGAAUGUCCUGAGUGCUCCUGGAGGGCAGGGUGGUAGUAGGAAAGUUCCUUAACAGGGCUAUACCUCUUCCUGAUGGGCCACACUAAGGACAUCUCAAGGCAGAAAUUUGAGAAACAGAGGGGGAAAUGAGCCUCUCUGGCCACAUCUCUCCCAGGUCCCAUUCAUACCUGUGAAAUGAAUGGGUGGUGAAUUCCAUUAGGUUCUGGCCUUAGACUCCUGGUGGGUGUUUUAGGAUCCAGAGCAGAAAACCAAGCUACCAAACUAUUCAAUACAACUACCUGGGGUCAUAAAAAGUCCAGGGGAGGUUCACCAAGACAUCAGUCACAAUUAUUGAGGUCCACAUAGAGGUCAGGUGGGUUCACUGGAGUCAGAGGUGGUUUCUAACUGAAAAUUUAGAAGGUAACAGCAACUCAGAGCCCUCAGAAGGGUCAAAUUUGAUCCUGAGGGUUUGUGAAAAGGUCAAUGGGUUCACCAAGAAGUCAUUCACAAUUAUUGGGGUUCACAUAGAGGUCAGAAGUCAUAUAGAGGAAUUAUUGGCUGUCAGAAAAUUUUAAAGCCAACAGUAAACUAACUCAGAGCUAGCAAAGGGAUCUGGAUGAGAUCACAAGAUGGGGCCUGGGAGAGAUCAGUGAUUUGCAGGUUUAUAUACCAUCUAGUUCACUCUUUCCUUUGUUUCUUUGUAACAGGUGCUUUUUCCCCCCAGCACCCCCACAGUGAACACAAUGAUUUUAGUUCUUUACUUUUCCUCAUCACCUCCGUUUCAUCCAGCUUUUGCCAUUCUGUGAUUCAAGAAUGCAAAGCACAGGAUACCAUCAUCAUCAAAUUAACCAUUAAUAGGCAUCAUGUGCCAGAAGCAUUCCUGGGUGCUUUAUAUAUAAUCUCCACAACAAUCCUUUGAGGUAGGUGUCAGCAUCACCACUUUACAGCUGAGGAAACAGCAGCCUAGAGAAGUCACACCGCCAAGGAGGGCAGAGCUGGAACUGGAGUUCAACUCCUCUCAACCUUAAGCCUCUCAGGCCCUCCCAUUUGCAGGUCUCUAAACUGACCACACACAUUCUAGGGGCAUCUGUGCAUGUGCACGCUCAAGUCAACCAUCUGAGACCUCUGGAUAGAAGACUCCCUUGUGUCUGGCUGGAGCAUAAGGGUUCCUGGCACUGGGCACUGGUUUAAUAAAUGAGUCAAUGAGGGAAAAGGCUUCUUAACCCUGGACCUCCAUCUGCCUUCUCUAUGCCUUCAUCAGGGACUGCAGGUUUAGACAGGCCCUGGCUCUGAGGGGCUAUAAAGCUGGGAGAAGCACAACACCCUGUGGGCUUACAAGCUGCAGCAGCUGUGGUCUUCCUGGCAGCCAAGGGUACCCAUUAUGCCAUCUUGCAUGUCCAGGCUUUGCCUGUGACAUGCCUGAGGCCGCAAGGGUCAUCUUGCCUCAGCUGCCCUAGUGCCAACCCCACAAGCCUUCCCUUCUCACCCACAUAGGCCGGAAAUUGCUGCCUCAGUGCAGUCCCAGUAGCUCCAGGGCAGGAACUGGGCCAGGGUUCGGAGACUGAGCUCAAAGCAGAGUAAUAUGCAUCAGCCCCUUGGACAGGUUCCCUGGCAGGUAGGGGGGAUACCUUGUGAAUAUUCUUGGAAAAGGGAGGAGGGUUGCAGCCUGUCCUAGGGGCUGAAGCCAGGUAGAUUGGAGGGACUGUCUCUUCCUCCCUGGGACUACCCUGGCCCUCUCCAGUCUC